GAGAGAGCCAGAUUCCCCCUCUGGACGAUCCCGGUCUUCUAAUGCCCGGAGCUCAGCUCACAGUCCCUGGACUCUCCUUCAUCUGGACCUCACUGUCCACAGGAACGUGCACACCUCCCCAAACCUGCUCUCAACCCCGGAUCUUACCCUUGAACCAGAUGAGGCCCUUUCUGGGAGAGCAGCUCUGAAGGGCUGACUAAUAACAUCCCCAGUGAAAUCUCUACUUCUGCAGCAAAUUUCCUUUGGCAUGAUUCGAAGUUAGCGAUGGAUCCCGAAGGCUCUCAUAUCCAAGAUGAUCCACAUGUCAAGGUCAUGAUGGCGGGCUCAACUCUGAGGAAAGUCAAGUCCCGCUCGUGGAAGAAGCCGCGGCACUUCCGCCUCCUGGAGGACGGCCUGACCAUCUGGUACAAGUCCAGAUGGGCAGGGAAGGGUCACUCCACCUUCUCGGUGACCGAGUUGGAGGCCGUGCGCGAGGGCCACCAGUCCGAGGUCCUGCUGAGCAUCGCCGAGGAGUACCCCGCUGACCUCUGCUUCACCUUGGUGUUCCAUGGUCGCCAAGGCAACCUGGACCUAGUGGCGGACUCCCCCGAGGAGGCGCGGGCCUGGAUCCAGGGGGUGCGCAAGUUAAUUCACAAGGCUCAGACGAUGGACGAGAAGGAGAGGCUGGACCAGUGGGUCCGGGACUGGUUCCAGAAAGCUGACAAGAACAAAGACGGCAAGAUGAACUUCAAGGAAGUGCGCAAACUGCUGAAGAUGAUGAACGUGGACAUGAAUGAAGAACAUGCUCUCCAUCUCUUUACGAUGGCCGAUAAGUCCGAGAGCGGCUCUUUGGAAAUCGAGCAGUUUGUCCACUUCUACAAGAUCCUGACCCAGCGGGACGAGGUGUGGAAGGUGUUCCAGGACUACUCUGGGGACGGAGAGAAGCUGCUGGUGGACGAGCUGGAGAGCUUCCUGAGGAUGGAGCAGCACGGGGGGGAGCGGAGUACCCAGAAUGCCCGGGAGCUGAUCGAUCGCUACGAGCCCUCUGAGACAGCCAAGAAACAAGGUGCCAUGUCUCUCGAUGGCUUCCAGAUGUACCUGUGCUCCCAGGAGGGCUCCAUAUUUCACCCUGAGCACCAGGGUCUGUACCAGGACAUGAGCCAGCCGCUCAGCCACUACUUCAUCUCCUCCUCACACAACACCUACCUCCUGGAGAACCAGCUCCGAGGACACAGCAGCCUGGAGGCCUACAUCCAGGCCCUGAAGAGAGGCUGUCGCUGUGUAGAGCUGGACUCCUGGGACGGCAGUGAUGGGGAACCUGUCGUGUAUCAUGGUCACACUUUGACUUCUAAGAUUCUCUUUAGAGACAUCAUUUCAACACUCAAAGAAUACGCCUUCAAGGCGUCAGACUUCCCGGUGAUUCUGUCCCUUGAGAAUCACUGUGGUGUGGAGCAGCAGGCGCUCAUGGCCCAGCACCUCCGCCAAAUCCUGGGUGACACGCUGCUGACCACGCCGCUGGACGGACAGAUGCCUCAGCAGCUUCCUUCUCCACAGGAACUGAAGGGGAAAAUCUUGCUGAAAGCCAAGAAGAUCGGUGGUCUAGAAAACUGUCUGGAUGAAACCCUGACGGAUGAAGUCAGCGACGAAGAGGAGUUGGCAAACGAUGAUGCUGAGAGCCUGUCUGCCGGAGACCCCCCCGCUGGGUGUGUGAAUGACAAUAAAAAGAACUCCAAGUCCAAGCUGUCGAGGGAGCUGUCGGACUUGGUGGUUUAUUGCAAGAGCGUGCACUUCCACGGCUUUGAGCACGCUCGCUCUCACAGCAAGUGCUACGAGAUGUCCUCUCUGUCUGAGUCCAAGGCCAAGAGGCUGGCGAAGGAAGCAGGGACAGAUUUCGUGCAGCACAACUCGAGGCAGCUGAGCAGGAUUUACCCCAGCGGCCUCAGGACCGACUCUUCCAACUACAACCCACAGGACAUGUGGAACGUGGGCUGUCAGAUCGUGGCUCUGAACUUCCAGACAGCCGGACUGGAAAUGGAUCUGAACGACGGGCUGUUCAGGCAGAACCAGCGCUGCGGCUACAUCCUCAAGCCGGACUUCAUGAGAGACGGCAGAGCUCCGUUCAGUCCAGAGAAACCUGGGGAGCUGCAGGGCUACACACCACUCCGCUUAUCCAUUCAGGUGAUCAGUGGACAGCAGCUGCCAAAGGUGAACCAGAAGGAGGGCUCCAUCGUGGACCCCCUGGUGAGAGUGGAGAUCUAUGGAGUGCCACAGGACCAGGCCAAGGAGGAGACCAGUCACAUUAACAACAAUGGAUUCAACCCAUUGUGGAAUGAAACUCUGAAUUUCAUCAUCCACACCCCGGAGCUGGCGCUGGUCCGCUUCGUGGUGGAGGAUUACGACAAGGCGUCCAGGAACGACUUCAUUGGACAGUUCACUCUUCCAUUCACAUGCAUCCAAGCAGGAUUCCGUCACAUACAUCUGCUCUCGAGAGACGGAACAGCCAUCCCUCCCUCCUCCAUCUUCGUCAACAUCAGCAUCUCAGAGCUCACAUGAAGGAGUCACGGCCGCAGAGAUGAAGUCAGAGCUUGGUCGCACGUCCAAUUUCUACAUAAAUAUUUGAAUUUAGUCUCAUGUGUCAUACUGAAGGUUUUCCACAGGUUUGAAACAGAAACACGACUCGGCUUUUUGAUUUUACUGAAACAAGGAUGUUGGAUUUCUCUUGUUAUUUGCAAAUUGACUCAAUUAUUUGGAAUCAUAAGCGACUUUGUGAAAACGUCAGGUGUUGAUGAAAGUAAAACAUUCCAAAGUUAAAGGUCAAACUUCCGCAUGGAUCGAUUUCUGUUCUUGUGCCUAUAACACGCAAUUCUGCACAUCAUGCUUUAAUGGAAAUAUUUCCCACAAGCUUUUAAUGAUCUAAUGGUUUAUGGAGAUGGGGGAUUGCUGCAUGUCUGAUUUACAUGUACGGAACAUGAAGAAGAGUUUCUGAGAAACAACCAAAUGUCCAGUUUUUAAAAUGUGUAAUGAUAGAAUGUGAAGAAUUACAUAUCAGUAUUACAUAAUAAUAAUUAUUACUAAGUGCUCAUAGCUUUGCAUCGUGUUGGUUAACCUACAAUUAUGCUUGAGUUUGUUUCUCUUUACUUAUGUACAAAUUCCACAAAAGUAUGUUGUGUAUAAUGUGUAU